UUGGCUUUAAUCUUACAUGUUUCUUGGAAUAAUUAGUACUACGUGGCACCAAUGCAGAAAUCAUAAAGGGUAGAGGUCUCAUCAAAUUUGUGGCUCUUUCCUACUAAUAUAUUGUACGUAUACCUUCUAUACAGAAAAUUUAAUCAAGUGAAAGGUUCACCAACAAUUGCUAAAAAUGAUAAUCUUCAGGCGUACAACUGUAGUAUAUAUGUUUUGGUGAUCAUAAAUAUGGAAAUUGAAUACGAGUAAGUAAUAAUUGUUUGUGUGUAUCUGGACGGCAGUAAUAAUUAUGGAAACAGCCCAGAAAUUAGGGUCUCAGCGCAGUAGCGUAUAGCUCAAUCGGAGUAAGUCUUUGGCUCUCUCUUUUACGUUCUGCGUUUACUUUGAGAAGAAAACAUUUUUAUUUUUUUUUUUAAAAAAAAAUCCAAGUCCAGUCUAAUCAGCACACACUCACAUACUAUUACUUACUCUCUCCCCAACACGUCAACAUCACCCACUUCAAUGCCAUAGCUCCACGUCACUGUCCUUGACUUCUCACGUCACUCCCUUCCGGCGUCCAGCCUGGCAAGAAACCCCCCGCUUCCCCGUCCCUACUUCUACCCAAUUCCUCCCUUCCACGUGGCACAAUCCGUCUUCUUCCUCUACAGCUGUCAAUGUACCUUCAACCUUUGGAGGCAGUUUCGGAUUCGGACCUAUAUAUAAAGACCCUCCAUUUCCUCCCUCUCUUUCAAUCUCAUCCUAAUCCAAACCUUCUCUUUCUAUAAUCUUUCUUCCUUCCUCUGUUUCCACGUGAUAAUCUUUCUUACCAGGGAUUACAACCUCGUACUCUUCCUUCCGACCAUGGCUACGGCUUCUCGCUCUUGUUUCUUGCUGUUUUUAAUCGCGUUCUCUGCUUUUGCCGCUGAACCCAUUUCAGCCGUCUUGGUUAAACAACAGCCUCUGGUUCUCAAGUAUCAUAAAGGGCCUCUCUUGAAAGGCAAUGUCCUAAUCAACCUUAUCUGGUACGGCAAGUUUACCCCCGCCGAACGCUCCGUAAUCGUCGAUUUCCUCAGCUCCCUUAACUCCGCCAGGACGGCGGCGCCCUCCGUCGCCGCCUGGUGGCAGACCACCGAGAAAUACAAGGGCGGCGGUGCGACGAAGGUUGUUUUGGGGAAACAAAUUCUGGACGAGAAUUAUUCCCUUGGCAAAUCGUUGACGAAUUCGCAGCUGGUGUAUUUGGCGGCCAAAGGCGGCCACGCUGCCGGGGCGAUCAACGUUGUUCUGACCGCCAAGGAUGUGUACGUGGCCGGUUUCUGCUCCAGGUGUGGAACCCACGGGUCGAUUACCCGUCCGGUUCGGAUGGCUUACGCUUGGGUCGGUAACUCCGAGUCCCAGUGCCCGGGUCAGUGUGCUUGGCCUUUCCACCAGCCCAUUUACGGCCCACAGACGCGGCCUCUGGUUGCUCCCAACGGCGUUGGAGUUGACGGAAUGAUCAUCAAUUUGGCUACGGUUUUGGCCGGAGCCUUUACCAACCCGUACAACAGCGGGUACUUCCAGGGCCCGGCAACCGCGCCGCUUGAGGCUGUCUCCGCUUGUACCGGAAUGUUCGGGUCCGGAUCCUACCCGGGAUAUCCGGGUAAGUUGCUGGUGGACAAGACCACCGGAGCUAGCUUCAAUGCGUAUGGAGUGAGCAACCGGAAAUUCUGCCUGCCGGCGAUAUGGGACCCGGAAACUUCAGCUUGUUCGACUCUGGUUUGAAUUGAAGCCUUAAGAAUUAUGGAAUACAGAAUACUACUUUUCAGAAUGUUUAUGAUGAUGAUGACCUUGAAGCGGGGAAUUAUCAGGUGUUUAAAAAAUGGGGUACGUAGUUUUGUGUAAAUACACGGCGCAGACAAAAAAAGGGAUUUCGGAAAUCGGCAGGCAGGGUGGUGGCCGGUGGGUUUGCGGGGGGCAAGGCCUGGGUUUGUCGUUUUGUGUGAUCGUGUAUGUAUAUUCGGUAGCUUUCUUUGCUGUUAUUACCACUAUUAUAAGUUCCUAAGAAAAAAAAAAAACGUGAAAAUUGUAAUAGUAGAAGAUAUAUUCAAUUAUGACGAUGAUAAGAAUAAUGUAAGAUCAAUACUUUCUUCCCUCUUAAGAGACGUGGGUUGUUGAUUAAAAUUUAAUCUUCCUUUAUGAAAAAGUUUAUAGUGUAUAAAAUACAAGUAAUUUGGGGACUUAAUGAGUUUGUUGAGGCUAAAGGUGACGAGCUAAUUAAGUAGGAGUACGACUUGAUUACUAUCAAGCAAACCAAAUUUGUGCAUGAUAAGGCCAAAGGACGGAUGGCAUUAUUGGGUGAUUUGGACCCGGUUGGGAUUAAACUAAUUCAAAAAUGGUGAAUCGGAUUCGUUCUUAUCCUCUCCGGAGCAGCUGCAGCAGAAAUGUAAUGAUCUCAUCUCAUGAUUAUUUGUUUACAUGGUCCCUCCCAACUCUUCUCUUUACGUUGGUUUUGAAUACGAGUUUAUAUAUUUGUACGGGUUUGGCAGUUCGAAUUUUGAACCAGUGGGGGACUGGAGUUUGUACUUUGUAGGCUUUAAAGAAUUUGUCAGAGGGUUCACUUUUUAUCCAUGCAAACUAAUAGUGAAGCGGAGGGUAAAAAUCGGGAGAAUUUUCUUUUUUGGUCUUAAUACAAGCUAUUUGUGAUUC